CAAGGGAAAGAAGAAAAAACAAAAAGCAAAAGAAAUUUCAAAAACAUAUUUUUGUGUUUUGGUUUUCUCUUUCGCUGUGAAGCAAGAGAAGAGAAGAAGCAGCAAAAAAGCAGCUCUCUCUCUCUCUCUCUCUCUCUCUCUCUCUAUUUUUUUUUUCAUUUUUAGAAACUGUUCGUUUUUUAUUUUUCUGCUUGUUUAAGAAUAAAAAAAAUUGUUGAAAAGGAGGGGAAGGGAGUGGAAUGAAUCAAAUGUGAUGGGAAGUGGAGUUUCUACGCUCUGCCCUUGCUUUAAUCCGGUGACAGACCGGUCAAACCGGCCACCAGAGAAUCACGCCGACCUGAUCUUUGCUGCAUCAGAGCCGUUGGAUGAAACCCUCGGCCACUCCUUCUGUUAUGUUCGAUCUUCCAAUCGUUUCCUCUCUCCGACUCCUUCCGAUCGUUUCGUGUCUCCUUCGCACUCUCUGCGUUUCUCCCCGUCUCAUGACCCGAAAACCCGGACCGGACCCGAAACCCUGUUUAAAGCCAUAUCCGGAGCCUCCGUGAGUGCUAAUACAUCCACUCCUAGAACUGUCCUCCAACUUGACAACAUUUACGACGAUGCCACUGAGAAUACCCUCGGUUACGGCGUCAAGAGCAGUAUCGUUAGCGGCAAUGGCUUCGAGAGCACGUCGUCGUUUUGUUCCUUGCCUCUGCAGCCGGUGCCACGUGGCGGAGCUCAUGACCCGGUUGAGCGGGGCGGGUACUUCAUGUCGGGUCCGUUAGAGCGUGGGGCGGUGUCUGGUCCACUGGAGGCCAACGCUGGGCCGGAAGGGAGAGUACAUUUCUCCGCACCGUUGGGUGGCAUUUAUGUCAAAAAGAAGAGAAAGAAGAGCAUUUCAGGGAUCUUGAGAAAUUUCUCUGACAAGAAACGGCCUUGGGUGGUUCCGGUCUUGAAUUUCGUAGGUAGAAGGGAGAAUUCCGGGGGCACGGAGGCGGCGGCAGCGGCGGAUGAGAAGACCGGCGGGGAUGUGCAGUGGGCAUUAGGGAAGGCCGGGGAGGAUCGGGUCCACGUCGUUGUUUCGGAGGAGCAAGGGUGGUUGUUCGUUGGGAUUUACGAUGGUUUUAAUGGGCCGGACGCACCCGAAUUCUUGAUGGGUAAUCUCUAUCGAGCUGUUUUCCAUGAACUCCAUGGUCUUUUUUGGGAACUUGACGAAGAAAUUGAAAAUAAAACUGAAAAUGAGAAUGAAAACGAAGCUGAAAAUAAAACUAACCCAUCCAACAUUUUAAUAGCUACAGGUAGUUUAAAUAAAACUGAUAGUGAAACUGAGAAUCAGAAUAAUUCCGUUGAGGAGGUUACGAGUGUAGGGCAGGGUUUAAUUGGGGAGAAUGAAUCGAGUGGAGUGGUGCAAGAGAGAGUGAGGAGGGUAACAUUUGAACCGGAGGGGACUGAGAUUAGGAGGAGGAGGUUAUGGGAGUUUCUAGCUGAGGAUGACCCGGAAGAUGGGUUGGAUCUCUCCGGGUCUGAUAGGUUUGCCUUUUCAGUGGAUGAUGCAAUUACUGUAAGUAAGGAGGGGUCUGCAGUGAGUAGGAGGUGGUUAUUGUUGUCAAAAUUGAGGCAGGGGCUGUCAAAGCAUAGAGAGGGGACGGGGAGUUUGUUGUUUCCGUGGAGGUUUCGGUUGGAAGAGAAGGAGAAGGUUGAGGAGGUAGAUAAUAGAGUGGAGGAGAGGGUUCAAAAGACUGGGAGGAGAAGGAAAGAAGGUCCAGUUGAUCAUGAAUUGGUUUUGAGGGCUUUGUCCAGGGCUCUGGAAGAGACUGAGUUAGCAUAUUUGGAUAUGACAGAUAAGGUUCUUGAUACGAAUCCAGAGCUUGCAUUAAUGGGUUCGUGUUUGCUGGUGGUUUUGAUGAGGGAUGAGGAUGUUUAUGUGAUGAAUGUGGGGGAUAGUAGGGCAAUUGUUGCACAGUAUGAACCAGAGGAUGUUGGUUCCAGCAUGGAGGGAAGAAAGCAUGAAGAAAAUGGGUCAAACAUGGAGGGUAUAGUGGAGGAGACUUUGGCACCGGGUGAAAAGGCAAUCAAGCCAGUGAUUGGGGCUCCUGCUGAGUCCAUGAGAUUGACUGCAUUGCAGCUGUCAACUGACCAUAGCACCAGCAUUGAAGAAGAAGUCAUAAGAAUCAAGAAUGAGCAUCCAGAUGACAACCAGUGCAUUGUCAAUGACAGAGUGAAAGGUCGACUUAAAGUAACCAGAGCAUUUGGUGCAGGAUUUCUAAAAAAGCCCAAAUUGAAUGAUGCAUUAUUGGAGAUGUUUCGAAAUGAGUACAUUGGUACUGCACCAUAUAUAUCCUGCUCACCUUCUCUUCGUCACCAUAGACUUUGCCCAAGGGAUCAAUUUUUAAUCCUUUCAUCUGAUGGAUUAUAUCAAUAUCUGAGCAAUCAGAAAGUGGUUUCUCUUGUUGAGAGCUUCAUGGAGAAGUUUCCAGAUGGAGACCCUGCACAACACCUGAUAGAGGAGGUUCUUAUGCAUGCUGCCAAGAAAGCUGGCAUGGAUUUCCAUGAAUUACUGGACAUCCCUCAAGGAGAUCGAAGGAAGUAUCACGAUGAUGUUACUGUCAUGGUGAUAUCUUUGGAGGGAAGAAUUUGGAAGUCAUCUGGAAAGUAUGUAUGAAACUCUUCACAUGCUGGGCUCACAAGAAGCAAUUUUUAUAAUACAAGUGACUCAGAACUAAGGAGUUUAAAUUAUUGAAGUGAAGUUCAUUGCAAGCACUUGGAAAAAUAUGGGUGCUGGCCCAUUUUUCAUGGCUCUCAAACAGGGUUUUUUUUUAGGGUACUUACACCAUAAGCUUACAAUUGGGUAUCAGGAACAAAGUCUAAUGUUAGGUAGUGAUCAGGGGUUGAGUAGAAGAUGCCUGAAAUCUGGUUUCAGGAUAAGAGAAAGGGAAGAUCUGGAGAUGGGAUUAUUAUGAGGAAAUGCUCUUCAGAGACAGAAAAGAAAGAGAUAAGUCUUUUUUGUUUCACAGUUUCUUCAUUUAAAGACUUUUUGCUUUCUUAGAGGAUUUUGCAUAGGCGGGAGGCUGGUUCAAUUCGAGGUCCUUUCCUCCUUUGUUUCUUUCUUUCUUUCUUUUAUUGUUUCUUUUUAGAGCCAAAAAGACUAAAAAAGUGAAAAUAGUUUCUGUAAUUUGGUGGGGGAUACAAAUAUUAGAUAUAGUUACUGAACUUUGAGCAUUUUCUCGUACAAA